AUGGCGGCGGCAAAACUCAUUAUCUCCCAAACCCCGGAACCCCUGGAGCCCGAGGCGCCCGAGGAGCCCGAGGAGCCCGAGGAGCCCGAGGAGCCCGAGGAGCCCGAGGAGCCCGAGGAGCCUCAGGAGCCGGGGCAUGACCGUCAAUGCCAAGGGCCGGAUUUGAGACGCGCCCAAAUUCAGCCGCCGCAUGCAGGAUCAUACAGGUGCAAAGUCAACGAGCGCCGGAUCAUUCACUCAAGAGCUGAGGAGAGGAGGGGGAGAGGGGGGAGGAGGGGGGAGGAGAGGGGGAGGAGAGGGGGAGGAGAGGGGAGGAGAGGGGGGGAGAGGGGGGAGGGGGGGAGGGGGGAGGAGAGGGGGGGAGGAGAGGGGAGGAGAGGGGGAGGAGAGGGGAGGAGAGAGGGGGGGAGAGGGGGGGCCUCUGCGGGUUUUUAA